GACCUGAGCAAGUGAGGUCAUCCUGUUCCUCUAUUUACAUCCGAUGGCCCAGAAUACCCUCGCCUCGCAUCACCGGAAAUCUUCUCGUAGCUUGGCGGCGGCCAUCUCAACGACCCACACCGUACGUCUUUCUCUAUCUCUUCUCUGACCUAAAUCCACCGCCGCAGCCGUAGCUUUGCAUCUCCGACGACCACUCUCACCUCCUACGCGUGUCGCCGCUGCCCCAUCUAGAUCCGCCCCUCUUUGGUAGGAGAUUCCGAGAGAUGGCGUUCUUGCACAAGGCCGGGAGUCUUCUCAAGCGAUCCAUUGGAUCUGGCUCGCCGCUGCUCCAGACGGUCCGGUGCAUGUCCUCCUCCAAGGUCUUCAUCGGAGGCGUCUCGUACGGCACGGAUGGUCAGAGCCUCGCUGAUGCAUUUUCUCAGUACGGUCAAGUCGUAGAAGCUAAGAUAAUUAUGGACCGCGAGACUGGAAGGUCACGGGGAUUUGGCUUUGUAACCUACACAUCUGCCGAGGAGGCUGGUGCUGCCAUUACUGGAAUGGAUGGGAAGGAUCUGCAGGGUCGGAUAGUGAGGGUGAGUUAUGCUCAUGACCGUGGUAGCCGUGCUGGUGUUGGUGUUGGUGGUGGCUAUGGCGGUAUUGGUUACAAUGGAGGUGGUGGAGGCUAUACAAGAGGUGGUGGUGGUGGUGGAUACAAUGAUGGUAGCAAUUUCAGUUUAGGGUACAACACUGGUGGGAACUAUGGUGUCCCUGGAGGCGGGCAAGGUGGCUAUGGUGUCCCUCAAGCCGAGCAAGGUGGCUAUGGUGGUAAUGCAGGGGGUGCUGGUGGAUAUAGUGCUGACGGUGGCAAAUAUUCUGGUGACUACUUGAAUCAAGGGGGUGGAGAACCUGCUCCAUAUGGAGGUGGAAAUUAUGGCGCAAUCAACACGGACAACGCCACCGUUGAUGCACCUCCUGUUAAGUUUAAUGACUUGUUAAGUGAUCUCAAAGAUGAUGAUGCUGGCAAAUAGGAUGGUGAGGGGGAGAGCUUUGGCUUGGUUGACGGGGACACAAAAAGAAGUGAAGGUCAGGAUGACUUGCUUGAAGGUGAUUUCAGGGAUGGACACGAGGCUGAUGACAUUGCCAACACAAGAAAUUGAAUUCCAGUCUAGGAAUAAGGUUCUAAUCGAAUACCUUUUCAUGGGUUACGUUAGGAUUGUUCUCCAUGAUCACCAUACGUUGGUAAAUCCUGCGAAGGUGACAAUGUCCUGUAUGCAAAUAAGUCGAACUGUGUGUGUAGCGAUGUUCUGCAUGCUGCUUGCUUUGGAUUACUGUCUGUCAAACUCGUGAUAUGAUGUGAAUACUUGAAGUCUGGAUUGAACACAGGAAAAUUUCUUUUUGAGUGGCUGAUGAAUGAUUGAAAUUACAUCCAAUACUAA